GCCAGGUGGCCGGGUGCUGCCGCUUCGGCAGCCAUGGUGUCCCGGGACCAGGCCCCUCGGGGCCCCAGGUACGUGGGCCUCUGGGACUUUGAGGCCCGGACGGAUGAGGAGCUGAGCUUCCGGGCAGGGGACCUGUUCUGGGUGACAAGGAAGGAGGAGGAGUGGUGGUGGGCCACCCGGCUGGACGCAGAGGGCGGGGCCCUGGCUGAGGGCUACGUGCCCCACAACUACCUGGCUGAGGAGGAGACGGUGGAGUCAGAGCCGUGGUUCUUCGGCCGCAUCUCCCGCUCAGAAGCCUUGCACCGGCUGCAGGCCGAUGGCAACGAGCCAGGGGCCUUCCUGAUCCGGGUCAGCGAGAAGCCGGGUGCCGACUACGUCCUCUCGGUGCGGGACAGGGGUUCCGUCCGGCACUACAAGGUCUGGAGGCGCGCGGGCCGGCUGCACCUCAACGAGGCCGUGUCCUUCCCCAGCUUGGCGGAGCUCGUGCACCACCACCGGGCCCACAGCCUGUCGCAUGGCUUGCGGCUGGCCCAGCCCUGCUGGAAGCACGAGCAGGAGCCGCUGCCCCACUGUGCCGACUGGGAGCGGCCCCGGGAGGAGUUCACACUCUGCAGGAAGCUGGGGUCCGGCUACUUCGGGGAGGUAUUCGAAGGGCUCUGGAAGGACCAGGUCCGAGUGGCCAUUAAGGUGAUAGCCCGAGAUGACCUGCUGCACCAGCAGGCCUUCCAGUCGGAGGUGCAGGCCAUGAAGAAGCUGCGGCACAAGCACAUCCUGGCGCUGUACGCCGUGGCGUCCCUGGGGGACCCCGUGUACAUCAUCACGGAGCUCAUGGCCAAGGGCAGCCUGCUGGAGCUCUUGCGGGAGUCCGACGAGGAGGCGCUGCCCGUCCUGGAGCUGCUGGACAUUGCUGAGCAAGUGGCCGAGGGCAUGUGCUACCUGGAGUUGCAGAACUACAUCCACCGGGACCUGGCUGCCAGAAACAUCCUCGUGGGGGAGAACAAUGUCUGCAAAGUGGGGGACUUUGGGCUGGCCAGGCUCAUCAAGGAGGACAUCUACCUUUCGCGUGACCGCAACGUCCCCUAUAAGUGGACGGCCCCUGAGGCGCUCUCCCAGGGCCUCUACUCCAUCAAGUCUGACGUCUGGUCUUUUGGGAUUCUCCUCCAUGAGAUUUUCAGCAGGGGGCAGGUGCCCUAUCCAGGCAUGUCCAACCACGAGGCCUUCCUGCGGGUGGACGCAGGCUAUCGCAUGCCCUGCCCCACGGAGUGCCCGCCCACCACCUACAAGCUGAUGCUCAGCUGCUGGCACAGGGACCCAGGGCAGAGGCCCUGCUUCAAAGCCCUGCAGGAGAAGCUCUCCAGCUUCGCCAGGUACGAGAACCCUGUCUGAGGGAGCGCCCACCCUGCCACCGGGCCCGAAUCCAGCCAGGACUGCUCUGCCCUGGGCAGAAGAUCCCCUCGUGGUCUGGAGCCUAGGUUACCCCUUCCCUUCUGAGACCCCAGGACCAGGAGUGUGCCGGGCCCUCCCGAUUGACUGUGAGUCUGAGCAGGGCCAGCCUCUCCCCGACAGGAAUGGAAUUGUCCCUGGCUCUGACCCCAGCUACCAGCUCAGCCAGGAUCAGGGCUGGGCCCUCUGGGAUGGUCCAUCGUGGAGACCCAGGCCUAGUCUCCCCAGCACAGGGCAGCCUGGAUGAGGCUGCCCCACCCUGCGUGGACACACACAGGGUAGGCAGGACUGCUGCCGCUCAAUGGACACACUCGGGGUCUGCAGCAGAGUGGCGGGGGAGCCGUGUGGGCUGCCCUCCCCUGGCCACUGGAGGCCAGAGCACCCAAGGCAGGCAGACGGUCCCACUGCCCUUCCCAGUUCCCCAAGUCGGACUUUGCCCAAAGCCAAGCUGCCCAUGAUACAAAGUGCCUUUUAUGAAGCACCCCUGCCCCCCCACCCUCAGCCUUAGUUUUGAGUGCCUGGAGCCCCUACAAGGGGUUAGAAGUGACACCUUGGGAAGACUGCCCAGGGCUUGCCCCACAAAGGUUGGGACAGCCUCUGUCCUCCUCCCUGGUGCUGAAGGGGCCUCAUCAAGGUCCUUUAAAGGGCGUAGGUCCCCUCCAGCUGAUAGGUCACAGACCCACAGCCAGAGGUCCAGCCUGCCUCCCAGAGGCCAAGGAGCCAUGGGCUGUGUCCCCUAGACAACAGGACCUCAGGGGCAGCUCUUGAGCAGGGGCACCUGCUCCCAGGCACCCUACCCUCCUCACCAGAACAGCUCCUGAAGAAGGGGAACCUGGCCAGCCUCAGAGUACACCCCCAGCAAGGCCCAGUGGAUGGGGCCAGCUCCCACCCCCACCAGGACAUGGGGCAGCUGGGUGACAUCUCCCACAGCCUGGGACACACAGAUAGAGGUGCCAUCAGGGACGCUGGCCGCUCAAUGUUUAUUUCCCACUUGGUGCAAGGCACGAGGUUACGGGAUGUAGGGAAGGCUCACACGUGGCUUGGGUAGUAAAGAGUAGGACUCCCUCAACUUC